AUGGAGUCCCAGGACAUCGAGGAGCUGCAGCAAGAAGUGAUGGAGGAGCUGGGAAUCUCCAUGGAGGAGCUCCGGGAUAUCAUCGACGAAGAGCUGGAGAAGUCAGAGUACGUGAAGCAGAAGAGGCAACAGCUGGAGGAGCUGGAGAAGUGUGUGAAACAGAAGGAAGAAGAGAUGGGUCACGUUGACUGGCUCUUUGGCGACGCUUCCAGAGACCUCGAUAAAUGCAGGAUCUUGCUGAAGAAUCUGUACUCCGACCUGGGCCUCCAGUACUGCGGCAGCAGUUCCGAGGACGAGGACUCGGCUGCCAAGCCCAUGGAAGUGAUCGAGAUCCCCGAUGAGGAUGACGACGAUGUCCUGAGUAUCGAUACGGGCAAUAGUAGUCCCAGAAUCACAAAGGAUCAGACUCGGCUGCGGGAAGCCAUGGCUGCCAUGAGGAAGUCUGCCCAGGAUGUUCAGAAAUUCGUGGAUGCCGUAAACAAGAAAACGAGUGCCCAGGACGCACAGGAAGGUCAGAGCUUCCCGGGUGAUCUCAGCAAUGACGGUGACCUGAACGUUGGCAUGAGGAUCCUGGGCAAGAAGAGAACCAAAACGUGGCACAAAGGAACUCUGAUUGCAAUCCAGACGGUCGGCGCUGGGAAGAAGUACAAAGUGAAGUUUGAUAAUAAAGGGAAGAGUUUGCUUUCGGGCAAUCACAUCGCUUACGACUAUCACCCCUCCCCUGAGAAACACUACGUUGGCAGCAGGGUUGUGGCAAAAUACAAAGAUGGGAAUCAAGUCUGGCUGUAUGCCGGCAUUGUGGCCGAAACCCCGAACGUGAAGAACAAAGACAGGUUCUUGAUCUUCUUUGAUGAUGGCUACGCUUCAUACGUCAAGGAGUGGGAGCUGUACCCGAUCUGCAGGCCACUGGAAAAGACCUGGGAAGACAUAGAGGAUGUCUCCUGUCGCGAUUUCAUUGAGGAGUACAUCACAGCCUACCCCAACCGUCCCAUGGUGCUGCUGAAGAACGGCCAGCUGAUCAAAACGGAGUGGGAAGGGACCUGGUGGAAAUCCAGAGUGGAAGAAGUGGAUGGCAGUCUGGUCAAAAUCCUUUUCCUGGAUGACAAACGCUGUGAGUGGAUUUACCGGGGUUCCACGCGCCUGGAGCCCAUGUUCAGCAUGAAAACUUCCACAGCCUCCACCCAGGAAAAGAAGCAAAGUGGACAAGCAAGGACUCGUCCCAACGUCGGUGCUGUCAGGAGCAAAGGGCCGGUCGUACAGUACACCCAGGAUUUAACGGGAGCUGGCACCCAGUACAAACCUUUGGAGCAGAUGCAGGCGGCCUCGCUGGCUGCACGGCCCGUUUCUCCGCAGCCCACCGAGACGGAAUGCUCCGACGGUCAGCUGGCCCAGUCGAGAAAGCAAGUGGCCAAGAAAAGCACUUCCUUCCGUCCCAGCUCCGUGGGCUCUGGGCAGUCAUCGCCGCCGUCGCCGGUCCUGAGCGAUACACCCGCGGCGGGCCGGGCCGGCGCGGCCCUGCAGCAUCGCGGCCCGGCAGGCAGCGGCACAGCGCAGCCCUUCCACGGCAUGAUGGACCGCGUGCCCAACGAGCCCUCUUACCGAGCCCCCCUGGAGAAACUCUUCUACCUGCCGCACGUCUGCAGCUACACCUGCGUGUCCCGCGUCCGCCCCAUCCGCAGCGACCAGUACCGCAGCAAAAACCCGCCGAUCAUCCCCCACGUCCUCUACAAGACGCCGUGCGGGCUGUGCCUGCGAACCAUGCAGGAGAUCGAGCGGUACCUUUUCGAGACAGACUGCGACUUCCUUUUCCUGGAGAUGUUCUGCCUGGACCCCUACGUGCUGGUGGACCGCAAGUUCCAGCCCUACAAACCCUACUACUACAUCGCAGACAUUACCAAGGGCAGGGAGGACGGGCCGCUGUCAAGCCCUGCGUGCCCAUCCCUCACGUAUACGCGUGCAGAAGAUGGGAUUUCUUUUCCUUCCUGCAAAACUGGCACGUGGAACUAACCUCUGGGGCAUGGGUGGGUUUUCUUGUGUGUCUCCAGAUCGAAAUGUGCCUGUCACCAGCUGACAGUCCAAGCGACGGGCUGCACCCCGGGUGGGCAGAUCAACCCCAAUUCCGGAUACCAGCACAAAAGGCUGGAGGAGUGCCUCCCGACGGGAGUUUACGAGUGUAACAAGAGGUGCAAGUGCAACGUCAACAUGUGCACCAACCGCCUGGUCCAGCACGGGCUCCAGGUGCGGCUGCAGUUGUUCAAGACCCAGAACAAGGGCUGGGGCAUCCGCUGCCUGGACGACAUCGCGAAAGGCUCUUUCGUCUGCAUCUACGCAGGGAAAAUCCUGACGGAUGACUUUGCUGACAAAGAGGGGUUAGAGAUGGGCGACGAAUAUUUUGCAAACCUGGAUCACAUUGAGAGCGUGGAGAACUUCAAGGAGGGCUACGAGAGCGACGCAAAAUGCUCUUCUGACAGCAGCGGGGUGGACCUCAAGGACGAAGAGGAGGAAAACACAGGCACUGAGGAGCAGGAGGAGUCCAACGAGGACAGCUCUGACGACAACUUCUGCAAGGACGAGGACUUCAGCACCAGCUCGGUGUGGCGCAGCUAUGCCACGCGACGGCAGACCCGGGGCCAGAAGGAGAACGGGCUGUCGGAGACGGCCUCCAAGGACUCGGGGCUCACCCGGCAGAUCAGCCACGAUGAGGUGGCGGCGGCUGCCUCCUGUAAGCUCCCGGUGUCCGAGGAGACCUCGAAGAACAAAGUGGCCUCGUGGCUGAGCUCCAACAGCAUGUCUGACGGCUUCCAGGACAACGACAGCACCUCCUCCUUCAAGAUAAGCGAAGGUGGCGAGGCCAAGGCUGGCAAAACGGAGCUCCCUGGUGAGAGAGAGAAAACCUCUGCUUCUGCCCCGGGCGACCCGGAUGGAGAAUCGAAGGCAGCGAAGAAAGACGUAAGGCAGGAACCUGAAGAUUCAACCAAAAUUCCCGGGCUGAGCGACUUGGGAAGGAUGUACGGCUACAACCCCAGCCCUCCCAAACUGGAAGGGAUCCGGAGGCCGACGAGCAAGACGGCCCUGCUGCAGAGCAGGCGGCAUUCCCUCGCCCCGCAGCCCACCACGGAUGUAAGCGGGGAUCCCUGGGGCUGCGGACGUGGGCUGGAAGGGCGACGCUCUCCCCUGAGCCAAGCUGCCGCCAACGACAGCGACGACAUCCAGACCAUCUCCUCGGGCUCCGAGGAGGAGGAGGGGGAUGACAAGAAAAACCCCUCGUCUGGGUCAGGUCCCGUCAAGAGGCAGGUGGCGGUGAAAUCCACCCGCGGCUUUGCCCUGAAAUCCACCCACGGCAUCGCCAUCAAGUCCACCAACAUGGCAGCGGCCGACAAGGGCGAGAGCGCGCCCGUCCACAGAACCACGCGCCAGUUCUACGACGGAGAGGAGUCCUGUUACAUCAUCGACGCCAAGCUGGAAGGGAACCUGGGCCGGUACCUCAACCACAGCUGCAGCCCCAACCUCUUCGUGCAGAACGUUUUCGUGGACACGCACGACCUCCGCUUCCCCUGGGUCGCCUUCUUCGCCAGCAAGUGA